UCCUCAUCGCUCCCUACUUUUCCUUUCUCUUUUCUUCUACUUCUAAAAUAAACCUCCAGACUCUUAUUUCCAAACCCAAAUUUACCACAAAAUUUGAUACUUACGUUAUUAAAACUAUCACAAUUUGCAUUCUCUUAAAGAGAAAUGAAGGAGAUUAGUGGAAGAAAACAAGGUACAUCUCUUUCACCAUGUGCAGCUUGCAAGCUUCUUCGCCGUAGAUGUGCUCAAGAUUGCGUUUUCGCCCCUUACUUCCCCGCCGACGAGCCUCAUAAAUUUGCUAGCGUUCAUAAGGUCUUUGGAGCUAGUAAUGUUAACAAGAUGUUACAGGAGCUACCGGAACAACAACGAAGCGAUGCAGUAAGUUCGAUGGUGUAUGAGGCAAACGCAAGGGUACGAGAUCCCGUGUAUGGUUGUGUUGGAGCCAUAUCAUCGUUACAACAACAGAUUGAUCUCUUGCAAACACAACUAGCAAUAGCGCAAGCGGAGGUGGUUCACAUGCGGAUGCGCCACAUCCCGUCAUCCUCUUACAACCCAACGAUGGGCCACUCAUCGGAAACCGCCUCGCCCUCCAGCAAGAUGAACAUUCCGGUGCCAAACAAGUCCUAUUUUUCCAUGGACAUGGUUGACCACGACAGCAUGGGGGAGACCUUGUGGUCGUCUUGCUAGCUAAUUAAUUUUAAGCCCUUUAGGCGUGCGCUCUUUUGCCUUCACUUUUUUAUUUUAUUUUUUCCCUUCUUCUUAUUUUUCCUAAUUAUCAUUAUAAUGUGCUUUUCUUUAUCAUUAUAAUGGGGCUUGCUUUAUUGUAUGUUUGCUUUUAUUAAUACUUUUUUUUUUCUUCUUUGGCUCUUUAUAAUAUAUAUAUGUAACUUUGUAGAAAAGAAAAGAAAAAAGAAAAAACAGUGCUACGCGGAGAGAUUGUUAUUAUGAUCAUUAUUGAUAACCAUAUUGUAAAUGCUAAAACAAUUAAUGUAAUUAGAUUAUGAGGUGUCAUUUCUCUAUAUGUUUAA